AUGCAACGCAUCCUCUCUCGUUCUGCGUCCCUACGUCGACCCUGCCUCCCCCAGACGCGCACACGGUCUUCCAUCGCGUCUGUUCGCCACCACUUCAUCGUCUACGCUCCAGAUAUGACCGACGAGGGCGCAUUUGCGCGACGCCUGAGCGUUCGUCCCGCGCACCUCUCAGCCGCGGGUGAGCAGAUCAAGACCGGGGUCUUCAAGCUGGCGGGGGCGAUGCUCACGCCGGAGUCCAUUGCGUCUCCGACGGCGGACAAGAAAAUGGUUGGGUCUGUGUUCGUGUGCGAGGCGGAGAGCUUGCAGGCGGUCCGGGAGCUCAUGGAGAGCGACGUGUAUUAUACGAGCGGUGUGUGGGACAAGGAGAAACUGGUCAUCAUGCCUCUCGCGCUCGCCACUCCACUCCCUAAGUAG